AUGGAGACCUCAGCUGACACCAGCAAUGGUAUUAACCAGAAAGCAAUGGCGGAUAUUGAAAGAUCUAUCAAAGAGCUAGAGGGUAGGCUCAAUAAUAACAGGUACAGACUACCACCGGAUGCUCUGCUAGAACAUCUUGCCACCUCCCAUUAUGAGCUCUACCGAAUGGGGAGGAAGGAGAGCUUAGACGACGCGAUCGAGAAUAUGCAAGAAGCCUUGAACGCAUCCGGUGACGGGUACUUCUAUAAAAGGCGACAGAGUCUUCUUGUCCAGUAUCUGUUGGAACGCGGACAGAAGUAUGACAUUGAAGAAGCAAUCGAUAUCUCCAGCGAAUAUACGCAGAAUGAUGGAUCCGCAAAUCAUUGGUGGCUGUGGCAUCUUGCUGACGGCCUCGUGCGGCAGUAUACAUGGACUGGGAACAUGACCCAGCUGAAUCAUGCUAUCCAGGCUGCGCGGAACUCGGUGCCCACCGAAUACGAGGGGCAAGAUACCCAUGCCCCUCGAUGGAUGACACUGGCGCACUGCCUCAGAGAGAGGUUCCUCCGGACGAAGAAUAUUAGGAACGUCGACGAGGCAAUCAGGAUUGUGGAGAAGCUUGUUGAUAAUCCACCGCAGAAAGACCCGGACAUGCGUAACUAUCUGCAUAAUUUGGCUAUCCUACACUUGGAGCGGUAUGAAGAAACGGAAAUUCCAGCUGAUCUGGACAAGGGAAUCGCUACCGCGAAAAAGGCUUUGGACAGCACCUCACCAUGUUAUUAUGCCUGGGAGACAGCAUCAUGUCUGAAUACCCUAGCUAUCGCGUUGGCCACGCGAUCUAAGCUCACAAAAAAUAUCGACGAUCUUAAUCAGGCAGCUGAAGCAGCCAAUAAAGCUGUUGAUGCAACCCCAAAGAGCUAUCCGGAACGCGAUCAUUUUCUCGAUACACUUGCAACCUGCCUCUCGGAUCGGUACGAUCAAACAAUGAGCGAAGAUGACAGAGCCAAAUCAAUUGAGUAUUCAAAAAUUACAUUUCGGUCAAGCAACAUCACACCCGUGCGUCGAGUAGUAGCCGCACGUCAAGCAAUACGAUUAUACGUGGCAAAAUGUCAGUAUGGCGAAGCAAGCGACCUGGCCGAAGACACACUGAGGCUACUGCCCAUGGUAUGUAGCCGCUAUUUAAGCCAAGCAGACCAGCAGUAUGCUGCCAUGCAGACGUCGGGGCUAGCUGCAGAGGCCUGUUCCCUCAUACUCGCAGCGAAUGGGGAUCCGAAUCGCGCUCUUGAGUACCUGGAGCAUGGACGAGGCCUAAUCAUCGGAUACUUGAUCGACAAUCGUCGGGAUAUUGCAGAACUUCGCAAAAAGAAGCCUCGCCUGGCGGACAGAUAUGGCAAGACGCGAGCAAAGACUAUGAUGGCAUCGCGCCACAAGGAGCCUUCAGGUAUGCCAUUUGAAAUCAUGCAAGACAUCGAAGAAACAGAAGCCAGCUUGGAAGGAUGCUUAAGAGACAUUCGGAAAGUAGAAGGGUUUGAACGGUUCCUGUGCCCACCUCUCGCAACAGAGUUGAUACCCUAUUCCAAGGAAGGCCCUAUUGUCUUUGUGAACGUCACGCAUAUCAGCAGCGACGCACUCAUUGUGCGUCCUUCGGGGAUUACACCUCUCAAUUUGCCAAACUUCCAUGCGGUAAAAGUCCAGAAAUACCGCGCCUGGGGCCUUACGAAGGAUACGAGAAGUAUUGCUCCGGACAAGGAAAGUCAGUCGGACAAGCGAUAUUGCCGGUUUCUAGCCUCCCUAUGGUCAGAUUGUGUUCGCUUGGUACUCGACAAGCUGGGAGUUCUCAGCAAUCCCUCUACUGGAGCCGAGCUUCCUCGUGUUUGGUGGAUAGGGACGGGUAUGGCUAGCUCCCUACCUUUUCAUGCGGCAGGACUCCAUUCGAAAGACGACAGAUACCGGAUGGAGAACGCAUACACAUAUAUCAUUUCCUCGUACACCCCCUCCAUUAAGGCCCUAGGCUACGCCCGUGAAAAGGCAACGAACCCGAAAGCAACUGCACAACAGCCACUGCUCCUCGUCACAAUGCGCAAAACACCGGAUAUGACAGACCUCCCUGGAGUUGACAACGAGAAGGAACAGAUCACCGCCGCCCUUAAGUCCCAAAAUCAGAACUCAGACCAAGACCAAGAACCCCGGACUGACUCCGUCAAAUUAAUGCCCCAUCCCCAUGCAAAAGCCGUCCUCACCGCGCUUCGAAGCCAUAACAUCGUGCACUUUGCCUGCCACGGCUGCUCAGACCUCUCAGACCCCUCAAACAGCUACCUUGCGCUACAGGGGUCAAAGUCCGCCACAACCCUCGACCGGCUCACCGUCCGCCAGGUAUCCGAAUCUCGUCUGAGACGCUCAUGGCUCGCAUAUCUGUCGGCGUGCUCGACGGCGCAGAACAAAGUGGACGACCUGGCCGAUGAGGCUCUGCAUCUAGCAAGCGGAUUUCAGGUUGCGGGGUUUGCCCAUGUAAUUGCUGCUAUGUGGCCGUCUGACGAUGCUGUUUGCGCCCAAGUUGCGGGUAUCUUUUACAGUGAGCUUCUAACGAAGCUGGGUGUGAUUAAAGAGGGGAAUCGAGCUGCUGCGGUGGCGUUACAUGCCGCGACAAUAAUCAAGUUAGCAGUUGAUAUCAAAGCUCUUCUCUCACUUAAACCGUCGACUUUCACCUGUCGCGCCGUCGAGGAUGAUGCCGAAGCAAAUGUCACCGCGACAGAUACUGAACCCCGCAACCUCCAACGAUUCUCCGAGCGUCGCCGGGCCCUCAUUGGCUUUGUUAGAGAGGCCCCGAAGCUCAAAUGCUUUGCAACGGAAGAAUUAGGCUUCAGAUUUUGUUACCUGAUCUUUGGCUGCCCGGCCCUGGAUCAGGACCUCGAGUACUCCAACGGGAAGCUUAGCGACCACAAGACGGGCCAUGACUUCCGCGCGAUCAUGGGCGAGGAGCGUGAGUUCGGUUGCACAAUCUCUUCUACACAGAGACAAUCGACUAGAGGAGCCGGCCUCAGGCUUCAGUAUCUCGCUGGAGGACUCGACCGCAUCAAGACGAUCAGCUUUGAGAGGAUGAAGAGCAACAGUGUGUUGGACGACGUCAGCAACCUUGGGAAGGACCUCAGUCAUAUAAUCAUGAGCCUGCUACAUGGGCGGGCAUCAAGAGUUUACAGUAAGGCGACAACCUUCGUCGUCGGAGGACACAUCGGCCCACAAACCAAGAACUCGCUGAAAAAACAAGUACAACAAAUUGUGGACGGGCCAAACGGAGAAUGGAUUCUCGAGACCUUGGCUGGCUUGCCACGAUACUGGGAAGCCAUGACAGAGAAGCUGCCCGAAGUGAGCAGCACAAUGCAGGGUGAUCGUCUGCUGGCUGAUCUAGCGUCUUGGUUUCGACAUGGCCCGGCCUCGGUCGAGUCGCUAGCCCCAGACGCCGAGAUACCCGAUCUUUGGAUUGGCGUUUUGAUGGUCGCUAUCCAAUUGGAUCAAUACUGGCGCUAUCUGGAGUUUCGAUUAAACAAUCCGACUGGAACAACUGUCCAAGACAUGCAGGCAGAGCUGGUUAAGCAGCAGCAGGGUGAAAACAACAAGGUCGAGACAGUGGGCUUCUGCGCUGGCAUGAUCGCUGCCGUCACUGUUGCCAGCUCCAGCAACCGACAGGAAUUCGAAAAGUACGGCGGCACGGCGUUACGCAUCGGGGCGUUGAUGGCAGCUCUGGUAGGGGCGACCGAGGCAAGGAGCAAGGGACUCGGCAAAGGCGGUUCCAUCUCCUUGGCUACAGCAUGGAGAACCCGAAAGCAGUGCGAGGACAUGGGCCGCAUCGUGUCGAAACUCAGGACUAAUCAUUAA